CUUCACCUCUCCCCUCCACCAACCUUCGGCCGGAAACCCUAGCCCGCCCACGCCGCCGGCGAUGGCCGCAUGAGCGCUGCCCCUCCGAGUAAGCGCCCACCAGCCAGCUUCGUAUUUUCGACCGCCGCCGCCGUCCUCAUAGCCGCCCUCGCGUCCUCCUUCAUCACCCUCUCCCCUCGGCAGGCUCCGCCCGCCGCGGCACUCAGGCCCAACAUGUCGAAGGCCAGGGUUUACACCGACGUCAACGUGGUGCGCCCGAAGGAGUACUGGGACUACGAGGCGCUCACCGUCCAGUGGGGUGAGCAGGAUGACUAUGAAGUUGUCAGGAAAGUUGGAAGAGGUAAGUAUAGUGAAGUGUUUGAAGGCAUCAAUGUUACCAAUAGCGAGAAGUGCGUCAUAAAGAUACUCAAGCCUGUAAAGAAAAAGAAGAUCAAAAGGGAGAUAAAAAUACUUCAGAACAUCUGCGGAGGUCCAAAUAUCAUUAAACUGCUUGAUAUUGUCAGAGAUCAACAUUCGAAGACUCCCAGCUUGAUCUUUGAAUAUGUCAACAACACAGAUUUUAAAGUGCUCUAUCCCACGUUGACAGAUUAUGAUAUUCGCUACUACCUAUACGAGCUACUAAAGGCAUUAGAUUACUGCCAUUCACAAGGCAUUAUGCAUCGGGAUGUUAAGCCCCAUAAUGUUAUGAUAGAUCAUGAGCUUCGAAAACUUCGCUUGAUAGACUGGGGCCUGGCCGAGUUCUACCAUCCAGGCAAAGAAUACAAUGUCCGUGUUGCUUCAAGGUAUUUCAAGGGACCUGAACUUCUUGUUGAUUUGCAAGAUUACGACUACUCUCUGGACAUGUGGAGCCUUGGGUGCAUGUUUGCCGGGAUGAUAUUUCGGAAGGAGCCAUUCUUCUAUGGCCAUGAUAACCAUGACCAACUUGUGAAAAUUGCAAAGGUGCUUGGAACAGAUGGGCUGAAUGCUUAUUUGAAAAAGUACCACAUUGAGCUUGACCCUCACCUUGAACACCUUGUUGGAAGGCAUAGCCGAAAACCCUGGUCAAAGUUCAUCAAUGCUGAUAACCAGCAUCUAGUAUCCCCCGAGGCCAUAGAUUUUCUCGAUAAGCUUCUCCGCUAUGAUCACCAAGAUAGGCUCACUGCGCGUGAAGCUAUGGCGCAUCCAUACUUCCUUCAAGUGAAAGCAGCGGAAAACAGCAGGUCGCGACCACAAUAACAUUCAGUCUGCACCGUGUUAAGUGGAGCAGUUGCUAUCGCAUGAUGGAACUGUUGCUGUCAGCAACUUUAUCCAACUAUCUUCUCUACUACUGAGACGACGGUCAGAGUCGCUGCAUGGAAAAAAAAUUGAAACCUUGUAUCUGUAAACUUCAAAGCACCCUAAUUUACUU